CGAUGUGCGAGUCGGUUCAAUCGAAUCCUUAGAAAUGAACGAUUCAUUUUCACGACUCAUCUUUAGUCCGCCCAGUAGUGCGCAUUCUUCUUGGCUUCCUGAAAUGACUUUCUUGUCAGAGAGGGUCCAACAUCACUGUACCACCAGUUAUGAUGUUUUGACUGUCUUGAGAUAAAGUGCCUUCUUGAGCUCCAAAUUGCCGUCAGAAUGUCCUCCAUAGACCCCUACCAGUACAUCAUUGUUGAGCAUCAGUAUUCUCAUAGAUUGAAGGUGAUUGUGGUGAGAGCUGAAAAUGUGACUAAAGGAGCAUUUGGCGAUUUAUUGGACACCCCGGACCCUUAUGUGGAACUGUCAAUUCCAACCACACCAGAGUCAAGAAAACGAACACGCCACAUAAAUAAUGACAUUAACCCAAAGUGGAACGAAACAUUUGAAUUUAUAUUGGAUCCCAAACAAACCAAUGUUUUGGAGAUGACACUGAUGGAUGCUAAUUAUGUAAUGGAUGAAACUCUGGGCACAGCUAAAUAUUGCCUCUCAAAGCUCAAAGCGGGGCAGACAGAGCAAGUGACCCUCUCUAUCGGCAAGACGACCAAAGUGUUCCUCGACUUGUUCUUAGAAGUGUGCUCGUCCACAGACUUGCGCUUUAGCUUGGCACUGUGUGAUCAGGAAAAGCUUUUCAUGAAGACGCGCAGGGACAGAGUUAUGCUCGCCAUCAAGAAGCUUCUCAAAAUGGAAAACCCACGCUUCCUUCCAGCCUCACCGAGAGAGGUUCCCACUAUCGCCAUUGUGGGCUCUGGAGGAGGUUUCCGUGCAAUGGUAGGCUUCUCUGGUGUGAUGAAGGCUCUGUAUGAAUCUGGGGUGCUUGACUGUGCAACAUACACGGCAGGACUUUCUGGAUCAACGUGGUAUAUGUCCACACUGUACUCGCACCCUGAGUUUCCUGCGAAAGGCCCAGGGGAUAUUAAUAAGGAGCUGAUGAGCAGGGUCAGCAAUAACCCACUCAAACUGCUUCUGCCCCAAAAUAUCAACCGCUACGUCAAAGCACUAUGGAAGAAGAAAUCGGCCGGACAGCCUGUCACCUUCACUGAUAUCUUCGGGAUGUUGAUAGGAGAGACUCUUAUUCCAGCGAGAAUGGACACAAAACUAAGCGCUUUGCAGGAAAAAAUUAAUGAAGGUCAGAGCCCAAUGCCUCUCUUCACCUGUCUGCAUGUCAAGCCUGAUGUUUCUGAGCUCAUGUUUGCUGACUGGGUGGAGUUCAGCCCGUAUGAAAUUGGCAUGGCAAAAUAUGGCACCUUUAUGCCUCCGGGGCUGUUUGGCAGCAAGUUCUUCAUGGGCAGUGUUGUGAAACAAUAUGAGGAAAACCCCUUACAUUUCCUUAUGGGUGUAUGGGGGAGUGCUUUCUCCAUCCUCUUUAACCGGGUUUUGGGGGUGAAGGAGACAACCAGCAGUAGCACAAUGGAGGAGGAGCUGGAGCAAAUUAAGCCAGAGCAUAUUGUGGGUGAUGAUUCAGCAGAUAAUGAUGAGGAAACUCAAAGAGGGGGCACGGAGUCCACAGAGGCAGAAGAUGAGCGGCAGCGUCACGCUCAGGCCAGCUGGGUUCAGCGCAUGUUGACCUCCAUUAUGGGGGACAGCACCCUGUUCACCACACGUGAGGGCCGCGCCGGCAAGGUGCACAAUUUCAUGCUGGGACUCAACCUAAACUCUUCCCUGCCCUUCUCUCCCUUCACCGGCAUCAUGAGCCAGACCUCUGUGGAUGAGGAGGUUGAUGCUGUUACAGAUCCUGAUGAGUUUGAUCGAAUCUAUGAGCCACUAGAUGUGAAGAGUAAAAAAAUCCAUGUGGUGGACAGCGGCCUGACCUUUAACCUUCCCUAUCCUAUCAUUCUGCGACCUCAGAGAGGAGUUGACCUAAUCAUUUCCUUUGACUUCUCAGCCAGGCCCAGUGACUCCAGCCCGCCAUUUAAAGAAUUACUGCUGGCUGAAAAAUGGGCCCGAAUGAAUAAGCUGCCGUUUCCCAAGAUCGAUUCGAAAGUAUUUGACCGAGAGGGUCUGAAAGAGUGCUAUGUGUUCAAACCCAAUAAGGGAGAAAAGAACUGUCCCACAGUCAUUCAUUUUGUCUUGGCCAACAUCAACUUUCGGAACUUUAAAGCCCCAGGAGUUCCUAGAGAUUCCGACAAAGAUAUAGAGUUUGGCGACUUCGACAUAUUUGACGAUCCAGCCUCUCCCUUCUCUACUUUCAACUUCAAGUACUCCAACCAGGCCUUCAGGAGGCUUCAUGACCUCAUGGAGUUCAACACGCUCAACAACAUUGAGGUCAUAAAAGAGGCUAUUAAAGACAGCAUUCUGCGGAGACGAGAGAACCCAUCGUGCUGUUCGGUUUCCCUGUCACUCAAUGAAAUUGAAAACAAGAAGUUCCUGAAACGAGAUACCAGCAUUUCAAAAUGACACACCUAACAGAUAGCUAUGCAAACAACUAUACGCAAAAGCCUUGACGUGUGAGAAGGCAUUGGUCCACUAGUGCUUGACGAAAAUCUGUGAGCAGAUUCAUCACACAAGAUUGAAUUGACCUUAUUACAGUAUAAUUUUUUUAUGUUGCAUUCCAGACAAUACUGAAUUUUCCCACCUCCUGCAAAGAUGCUUGAGGUCAGACACAUUAAAUUCGAAGCAGCCAGGGUUAUCAUCAUAAACUAAAACCAUAAAACAACAUUUUCAUGAACUGAAAUACAAUUUAAUACAAAUAUUUAAAUAAUAAAAAUGACCAAAAAAUCACUAAAACUGAAAAUAAAAAUUAAAACUAAUUAAAAAUGUUAACUAUAUAGAGGGAAUGCAUGUGACAUCAGGCACAUGUCAGGAAACACUAUUCCUGGCUGCAUGUCAAUAUCCAUGGAUCACUGGAUCUUUGGUAAGUUUUAAGGAACUUUAUCGAGUCCAACCUUUACUUUAAACUGAUAAUCAUUUGUGUUACUUGGGUUUUCGCAGUUUCCCUUAUUAAAUCCAAUCAUGCAGCAGGCUCUUUUGUCACUCAGUCCGGCUGAGAGGACAUGUUCUGGUGGAAAAGUGACAUCAAUGCAUACCCUCUAUAUCAAUAAUACUAAAAUAAUAACACAUACUAAAUAAAUAACACUGGUACCAACUCUGACUUCAAUGAGAAGCACCAUUUGAUAUCAUUUCCGAGAUGGCGACAAACAAAGUGACAUUCAGUUGGUUAUUUUAAAGUAGAGGUGGGACAAUUCUGAGAUCCUGGUUGUCUGGAAUGAUCUAAAGGUGGGAAAUGGACAAUUUCAAUUCAAGUUAUGCCACCUCUGACAUCUGGAAUGCAGAAUCAGGGACAGAAUCUACAGACAUUUUUUUGUAUUUCAGCACUGAUUUUGGGAGAAUUUCUGUGGAAUAUAUUUCAGUAUGUUAAAAUGUGUUAACUGAACUGAGAGCUGAGAGUACUGCACUCUUAUAGGUCACUGAAAACUUAUCAAAUUAGCCCAAAUUUAAUAAACAAGUACUCAAUGGGCAGGGGACACGAAACACUUUGUAAGUGAGAGCCAUUAUUCUGUGAUUCGGUGUGGACCAUUUUCCUUCUUUUUUUUUAUGUGUACUUCAUUCCAAAAUGAUUUAUAAGUCAUGUGGUCAAAUUCUCCACACCUUUAAUGUUAAAAUGCUUACAAUUCUGGCUGUGUGCUUCUCUACGGAGCCAAAUACUGGCAGCUUUGUUUUCACUUGACAUUUAAGCAGUAAAUACUGUUCUGAGAGUAAUUUAUGCUCUCAGUGGUGGCUUGAGCCUCGGGACAUGCUGCUCCUUAUGUGAUUAGAAAACAAUUUAUGUUCUCCAUUCGGUUCUACUGUGACGUACCUAUGACCAGUAGAUGGUUGGUGGUAAGCCUUGCCUUCAGGACAGGAUUCAUCUCAUUUUUCAACGAAAUAUUCAUUGCUUAGGAACUGGAUUUAGCUGCUUUUAUUUAUUUUGCUUACAAAUGUGUUCUCCUGCCCAAGGGGUGAAAGGAAGAAGGUGAAACGCCAUCUCACAUCUCCGACGCAGGACUCCACCUCUUUGUGAGGUGUCAGGAACAUGUUGUGAAAAUGUCCUCAUUUCCUGUUUGUAUCAGAUAUUUGUGGCAAAUUAUGGGACAUACAACAUCUAACUUCCCGCAUAGUCAUUCCUCUGGUUUACAUGAUGAAAGUGUACACACGGUUAUUUAUUUGUAUGCUUAAUUUUUUUUUUUUUUUUUUAAAUGUUUUAAAAUUCUUUUUAAGUUUGUAUAUUUCAAAAUCAAACAUUUGAAAUAAAUGUCAAUGGGAAUAAAGCGAUUAAAGUGGAUCAGGUAAGGUCAUUCAUAUAACUGAACUCAGGUCAGUAGGAUAAAGUUGGAAGGUAUAGAUACUGGAAAGACUGGUUGUAUGGUAAAAAUAGACCUUAAGUGUUAGAGUGCACUUUAACCCAACCCAAAAUAAAUACCAUCCUUUAGACAUUCCUUGCUGUUUGUGGUCUGUACGGUUGGGUUUGUAUAAACUUGAUUAUGAUGUUGCGAACGCCACAACGGUCAGAUCCUUUGAAAGUGAAAUACUGUAUGUUUGUAUGAUUCAUGUAUACACAACAGAAUUAUGAGUGUCAUGUACUUUUAAGUGAUGUUACUAGCCCAUGUAGUGUAGUGAUGUGCAUAAAAAUAAUAAAAGGAUAUUCAUACCCAUGAA